AUGGCCCAGUUUGAUCUGGGUGAUUUCGUUUUGUAUGCCGACGUCUGGCAGCAUACGCGCAGCAAACUCAGCGUGAAGUGGUGUGGGCCGGCUCGUGUUCUUUCAACCGUGUCCAACUGGAUAUUCGAGAUCGAGAAUCCGAUCACGGGGCAGAAGAAAGAGGUGCACGCUAGUCGACUGAAAUUUUAUGCUGAUGCCUCCCUCAAUGUGACAGAGGAUCUGUUGCUGCAUAUUGCACACAACAGCGAGGGCCACGUGGUGGACGCUUUGCUGGAGGCUCGAUACAAUCGUCAGGAGAAACGACAUGAACUAAAGGUGCACUGGCGCGCACUCGAUACGAUUGAGGAUUCCUGGGAAUCUGCGGACACUCUCUUCCAGGACGUUCCAGUGGCCGUGAAGGCUUUCGUCCGCAAGCACGGCAAGAAGCCACCUGUGAAGGCGCUACGCAAGGCGCUACAGCUGGACUAG